AUGAAUGCGUACAAGCUAGGUUACUUGGAUUGCUCAAAUGGAAAUGAUCCCUUCUAUGCCGUUGGAGAUGGAGACAUCGAGAUGCUAUGCGGUCGAAGGGGAAUAGCUGAAGAAGAUGAAGCAGAGGAGGAUGCAACAGAUAAGGUAGUGACAGACAUCGCGGAUCAGGCAGGUGGAGCUGCUGAGAACGUGGCUGAUCAGGCGAACGUUGAAGAGGCUGUAGAUCAGGGAUCUCCUGCUGGCAUCUCUGAGUAA